CGCCCCAAUCGCAGAGCUCGCGGCCCCGCUCCUUAGCGUGGGAGCGCGAGCUGGGGGCGGGGCCCCUUCCCUACCGGCGCUGCACCCGGGAGAGGCGGGGCGAGAGGCGGGGCCAAGGGCGGUUGAGAGUCCGAACCCGAAGAUCCCAGAAAGUUUGCUUGGGAGGGUCAGGGAGAGCCCCCCGGCCGAGACGCCAGAAGGCUGCCGGCCAUGUCCCAGAGCCCCAAGCCACUGGUCCCAGGCUUCCUGCCGAGCAAUGGGAAGGUCUCGGGACAGCCACAGCCAGGGGCCCUUGUAGGGCUGGGGCCGGUGAAGCAGGAGAAGGUGGAAGGCCCCAGGGCCGGCGGCCUGGAGAAAGGCCCCUCGGAGGAAGAGCCUGUGAAGAAGCGAGGUUGGCCCAAGGGCAAAAAGAGGAAGAAGAUUCUUCCCAACGGGCCUAAGGCGCCUGUCACAGGCUAUGUUCGCUUCCUGAACGAGCGGCGGGAGCAGAUCCGAACCUUGCACCCAGACCUGCCCUUCCCUGAGAUUACUAAGAUGCUGGGGGCCGAGUGGAGCAAGCUACAGCCCACCGACAAGCAGCGCUAUCUUGAUGAGGCAGAGAGGGAGAAACAGCAGUACAUGAAGGAGCUCCGGGAAUACCAGCAGUCGGAGGCCUACAAGAUGUGUGCAGAGAAGCUCCAGGAGAAGAAAGCCAAGAAAGAGGACCCAGGGGCUUCAGCCAUGAACACUCUCCUGAAUGGACACAGGGGCGGGGACUUUGAUGGCUUCUCCACCUUCGAUGUCCCCAUCUUUACUGAGGAAUUCUUGGACCAGAACAAAGCCAGGGAAGCAGAGCUUCGGCGUCUGAGGAAGAUGAACGUGGCCUUUGAGGAGCAGAACGCGGUCCUUCAGCGUCACACUCAAAGCAUGAGCAGUGCCCGGGAGCGGCUGGAGCAGGAAGUUGCCAGGGAGGAGCGCCGGACCCUGGCCUUGCAGCAGCAGCUCCGAGCCGUCCGCCAGGCACUUACGGCCAGCUUUGCUUCCUUGCCUGUGCCUGGCACUGGGGAAACCCCCACGCUUAGUACCCUGGACUUCUAUAUGGCCAAGCUACAUGGGGCCAUCGAGAGGGACCCCCUGCAGCAUGAGAAGCUCAUUGUGCGCAUCAAGGAGAUCCUGUCUCGGAUAGCCAGUGAGCACUUGUGAAUGGUGGCCAGAGGAAGGCCCCUGUGGAUCCAGAGCCAUCCUGGGGAAGAAUCAGUCCCAGCAAUCUAGUCCUUAUCCCCCUUUCUCCCAGAUCACUGGGCAGGGUUCAGCCUUGGGCCUCCCUGGACCUCCUCCAGGGCCUGCCCAGCCUCAGAGCUGAGUCAGAACCCAGGGAAGAGGGAGGAGAGGUGCUUGAUGGGUUUUGGGGAGGCCUGUCGAUGCCUUCUUAGGGCUGGAGAUCCAGCCUCUGGAUCCUCCUGCCUCCUCCUGCCUUCUCCAGGGCUCAUGUCUCACCCCACCACCUCUUUUAAAUUUUUGUGGGGCAGGGUCAAGGGAACAUGUGCCAUGGGUCAACCCCACAGUCCAGUGUAUGGAUGGUUUCCAUGACAGCCUCUGCACAUAGAUAGGUCCCACAGCGUGUGCAGCCAAUUCACACACACAGCCCAGCGCCCCCCAAACCUGACCCCGUGGGAGCCAGCUCCAUCUCUGGAUUCCCUCUGCUGCAUUUUCUGUGUCUCUCACACUGGCUGACUCAGCUUGCCUCCUGAUAGCCCUCUGGCUCCCAGCUUGGGGUGGGGGUGGGGGGGCAGAGCCUCUCUGGGGCCUGGGAUUUCCGGAAGCCUUAGUGGCUCCCUGAGAUCCUCAAAACCAAGUUCUUUCCUUGAAGUUCCCUCUCUGCAGUCUGCCCCUUGCCCACCCUUCUCCCAUGUAUGGGGAGCCAGACAGCUUCCCUCUACCGCCCACUGGCCUUCCUGGAAGCAGCAGCUAUGACUACAGUAAUCAACUUUUAAAAUAAAAAUCAACUCAGCUCCA